UAUGAUUCAUCUGAUGAGGAUCUUAUCACUCAUAUUUCCAAACGAUGACGUGUUGAAAAAUCAAAUGAAUUUGAAACAUUUAUCAAAGGUGAUCGUGCCACUAUCAUUUGUUUAUUUAAAAUUAGAAUAUUAUUAUAUUUUAAUUUUAUUAAUAUUUAAUAGCGACACAAAGAAGAGUUUCCAAACCUAGCAAAUAUGGCAAAGGAUUAUUUAGGAAUCCCAGCCACAAGUGUACCUUCGGAAAGAGUAUUUUCAAGUGCUGCAGAUGUAGUAACAUCAGAUAGAGCACGUCUUGCUCCAGAAACAAUACGUGCUAUUAUGUGUUUAAAACAUUGGUAUCGUUCAGGUAUU